GCCUGGAAGCUUGCGUGCGAGGUCGCGCUGCCGCUCAAGAUCGAGACGGCAGAGGACGUGGCGGCCCUGGUGAGAAUGUCGCUCAAGAUGCCCGCGGACACGUGGGUCUCGGUCUUCUACUGCGGGCAGCCGAGGGAGGCGGGAGCGAUCCGGCCCGUGACGCUGGUGCGAG